UUCUAAGUUGAUGCUAGAGAAGUUGAUGCUAGAGAAGUUGAUGCGGGCCCCAUGACCGUCUGUAUAUUUAAGCACGCAUUCCCCAUGCUAGCUAGCGACCAGUCACAAGCUACACAGUCAAUUUAGAAGAAGAAGAAGAAGAAGAAGAAGAAAGAAAGAAAAACGAAGAGGAAAACCCCUACUUCUCUUCUUCAUCUUAGGUGUUACAAAUCUGCUUUAUAUCCUUUCAUAUCUUCAAACUUUUCUCAAUCCUAUGAGGCCUUUUCUAGCACUCUCUCUUCUGCUUUUGUGCCUUCUGCUUUCUCAUGAGGCUCAAGGGAUCCGCUUGGAUAAGAUGUUCAUGUCACUUGGGCAACAGAAACAACAUGAAGCAGCUGAUGGAAACUCUCUGAUAACAGAAAGGAUUCUCUGCAAAGAUGGGGAGCACUGUUCAGGAAAGAAUAGAAAACUUAUUAAUACAGCCACUUCUACUACCACCACCACCACCACCACCACAUCAAAGAAUCAUGAGAAGCAUGAAGAGAAAGAGAAUUUCAGUGUUAAUGGGAGGCCUACUGCUGAGCACCAUGAGAUUGGCAACGACCACUUUCCUGCAGACCUCAUAUCUGAGAUGGACUAUUCUCCAGCAAAGCGAAAACCUCCAAUACACAAUUGAGUGUUGGGAAUUUUUUAAAAAAGAAAAAAGAAAGAAGAAAAAGUAGAAGUAGAAGUAUUAGGAUAAUAAAAGGGGAUUAGAAGUUGGACAGCAUUACAGAAAUGCUGCAGUUUUUGAGGGUUAGGAUUGAUUAAUUUUGUACAUACAAUAUUUCUAUUUUUAUUGUUUAGUCUUUAAACUAUCAUGCGAUGAUUGAGUCAUAAUUAGGCACUUGGAGGGGAUUACAAGGCAUUGUAACAAUGAAAAGCCAAAAGAAAAAGAAAAAAAAAAUAGUAAUUAAUAAUAUCAGUUUAAUUAUAUGCA